AUGCCGGGUAUAGACCCGAAAAUCAUGUCGCACCAUCUGGCCGUUAGGCUGGGAACACGCCCGGUAACACAACGCAGAAGAAAAAUGUCGACAGAAAGGGCGGAGGAAGUGGCCAGGCAGACGGCCAGCCUCCUAGAAGCAGGGUUCAUACAAGAAGUAGACUACUCGACGUGGCUAUCAAAUGUCGUUCUAGUAAAAAAGCACAACGGCAAAUGGAGAAUGUGUGUAGACUACUCUGACCUUAACAAGACAUGCCCAAAGGAUUGUUUCCCUCUCCCCAACAUAGACGCACUCGUCGAUGCUGCGGCGGGCUACCGUUACCUGAGCUUCAUGGACGCCUACUCCGGAUAUAACCAAAUACCGAUGCACCGUCCAGACGAAGACAAAACGGCGUUUAUAACGCCAGGGGGAACCUUCUGCUACAAGGUGAUGCCGUUCGGCCUAAAAAACGCAGGAGCGACAUACCAGAGGCUGAUGAGCAAGAUAUUCCGGGACCUUAUAGGCAAAACGGUGGAAGUCUACGUCGACGAUGUCCUCGCGAAAACAGCGCGAUCAGACGACCUCCUGAAGGAUCUGGAGAACGUAUUCGCAUCUCUCCGGCAACACGGCAUGAGGUUGAACCCCCUCAAAUGUGCCUUCGCCAUGGAAGCUGGCAAGUUCUUAGCAUUUAUGGUAACUCAGAGAGGGGUAGAGGCCAACCCGGAGAAGUGCCAAGCGGUACUCCAGAUGAAGAGCCCAGGUUGCAUUAAGGACGUCCAAAGAUUGGCAGGGCGGCUGACCUCGUUAUCCCGGUUUCUCGGAGCGUCGGCAGCAAAGGCCUUGCCAUUCUUUAACCUCAUGAAAAAGGGGAUGGCGUUCGAGUGGACACCUGCAUGUGAGGAAGCCUUUCGACACUUCAAGGAAAUCCUGGCGGCACCACCUGCACUGGGGAAGCCAAAGGACGGAGAGCCGCUAUACCUGUACCUCGCCAUAACGGGAGAAGCCCUGGCCGCAGUUCUGGUGCGGGAAGAAGGGAGGGCCCAACAGCCGGUUUAUUUCAUAAGCAGAGCCCUGCAAGGGGCAGAACUAAGGUACAGCAAGCUAGAAAAGCUAGCUCUGGCGCUCUUGACUUCCUCACGAAGGUUGAAGCAAUAUUUCCAGAGUCACCAGGUUGUCGUAAGGACGGACCAAGGGAUCCGACAAGUGCUUCAAAAACCCAACUUAGCGGGGAGAAUGAUGACUUGGUCCAUCGAACUCUCCCAAUACGACAUACGGUACGAACCCCGGCAAGCCAUCAAGGUGCAGGCGAUGGCAGAUUUUCUGGUGGAAGUAACUGGGGACCCAACCGAAGAAGCGAGCAUACGGUGGAGGCUCCAUGUGGACGGAGCUUCCAACCAGACGUUUGGAGGCGCCGGGAUCAUCCUGGAGAGCCCGGUUGGAGUCGUGUACGAGCAGUCCAUCAGGUUCGAAUUCCCCGUUUCGAACAACCAGGCAGAAUAUGAAGCCCUUAUAGGGGGCUUGACCCUAGCAGCAGAAGUCGGGGCAACAAGGCUGGAAAUAUGCAGCGAUUCUCAGGUCGUCACCUCCCAGGUAAACGGGAGCUACCAAGCCAAAGACUCGCUAUUACAAAAGUACUUGGAAAAAGUCAAAAGCUUAAGCCAAAAGUUUGAGGAGGUCACGGUCCACCACGUGCCUAGAGAAAGGAACACACGGGCAGACCUCCUAUCAAAGUUGGCCAGCACUAAACCGGGAGAAGGCAACCGAUCUCUUAUCCAAGGUAUGGCGAGAGAGCCGGCAGUUACCCUGCACGUGAUAAGACUGAGCCCUUCGUGGCUAGACCCCAUCACCGGCUUCCUGGAAAACGGUAAACUCCCUGACAACGAAAAGGACGCGGCGAAACUGAGAAGGGAAGCAGCCAAGUAUGCCGUCAUCCAGGGACAGCUGUUUAGGAAAGGGUUCAACCAACCCCUAUUAAAGUGCUUACACCCCGACCAAAUGGACUACGUCCUCAGGGAAGUCCAUGAAGGCUGCUGCGGACACCACAUAGGAGGCAAGGCCCUGGCAAGAAAAUUAGUUCGAGCCGGAUAUUAUUGGCCGUCAAUGAUGGCAGACUCCAAAGAGUUCGUCAAAAAAUGCGUCAAGUGCCAAGAAAACGCCAAUUUUCACAGGGCACCGGCCUCCGAGUUAAGCUUGUUAACGUCCUCCCAGCCAUUCUCUCAAUGGGGAAUCGACCUCUUGGGACCUUUCCCUGUUGGUCCUGGGCAGGUCAAGAAAUUCUUGUGGAGGCAGGUAAUAACGCGAUUCGGGGUCCCAGAAGUCGUCAUCUCGGACAAUGGCACGCAAUUUACUGACAAAAAGUUUACGGAAUUCCUCACCGGCCUGGGGAUAACACAGAGGUUCUCCUCAGUGGAACACCCCCAGACAAACGGACAGGUGGAGUCCGCAAACAAGGUCAUCCUUUUGGGACUGAAGAAGCGUUUGGAUAAUAAGAAAGGUGCUUGGGCCGACGAGCUAGCCUCGGUACUUUGGUCCUACCGAACAACCGAACAAUCCUCCACUAAAGAGACUCCCUUUCGGCUAACAUACGGGUUGGACGCGGUAAUACCCGUAGAGAUCGGGAAACCGAGUCCCCGGCUACUUUUGAAGGGAGUAGAGGAAGCCGUGGAAAAAGACUUGAUAGACGAAGUCAGAGAAAUGGCCCAUUUGACAGAAACCGCACUGAAACAAAGAAUGGCCCUACGCUACAACACCAAAGUGCUCAAAAGAGAAUUCGGACCAAACGACCUCGUCCUGAGGCGAAACGACAUCGGCCCACCGACCCCUGGAGCGGGCAAGCUGGCGGCAAACUGGGAAGGACCCUAUAGAAUCAAAAAAGAGAUGGGUAGGGGCGCAUUCAAGUUGGAAAGGCUCGAUGGCAAGUCACCCCAUCACAACCUGACAACGAUGCGCGGCCCCGGGACUGAUCACCCCGGGAGCCCGUCAACUAUCGCGGUAAAAAACGGCCAUGCAAAAAGCCACGACAUGUUAAAUAUAAGCGACAGCUAUAAACCAAUAACGGUUAAUAGAAACGGCAACACGACCAGACGAAUAAGAAAAAGUUAA